CUUCAUUUAAAAACUAUGUUAAUUACACAGCAUACUGGGUUGUAUUGCUUCCUUCAGUGUUUUUCAUUAUUUAUGCAUCAAGUGGAUAUAUUCAUAGACUUAUUAAUAACGACGAUACCAAAAAAGAUGACAAUAAUGAUCAUAACGUUUCAUUAAGAAUUAUCGGAAUAUGCUCACACUUUUUAUUCUGUGCAACUGUUGGUCCUAAUUCAUUAUGGAUAAAAGUUUAUCUUACAGCGGUAGCAGUCGCUGUUACAUUAACCGAAAAAAUUAAUGACCUUUUAGAUGAUAAAAUUGAAGAUAAAAAAACUAAAGAAAAACAUACUGAAAAUGUGGAGGAAAAAGCUUAA